GGUGUUGCCGAAAGCGGGCCAACCUUGCAACUAUAACGUAUACGCUGCGACUUGCACUGAAGUGGAAAUUGAUGUUCUUACUGGGGAGACGGAAAUACUUCGGACAGAUAUUUUAUUCGACUGUGGUAAAAGGUAAGCAAUAUUACCUAUGCCUGGAGAUUCGAGGAGUUAAUUAACAAUAUUCAUUAAUGGUUCUCAAUACAGGGGUAAGUUUUUAUGGGGGGUGCACAGGGGUGCGCACCCCUUUUGACCUUGGUCAACAAGGUUGCAAUGGGGCUGCAAAAAAUCAAAUUCAGAAAUGUGGCAUAAUUUCCAAGGUUUUUCCUUUUUUGUCAAAGUCAACCUAAAGCUGAUAAUUCAAAGCCCAUAUUGCAGGAAAUGGCCUGUCUAGGGUUCUAAUUCUCCCAUCACACCAUAAAGGAUUAUAAAGAAACACUCGGUUGCUCACCCAGCACCCCCGAAUGCUCUCCCACCACACCAUAAAGGGUUAUAAAGAAACACUCGGUUGCUCAUCCAGCACCCUCCCCUCCCCCUAGAAAAACCUUGCUGGAUCCACCCUAUGUCAAUAUAAGAAUGUUGCCGACGUGAGGUGGUAAAGUGCAACCUUGUCUUUUAUCUUAAGCUUCAGCUUCCUAUGAUUUACGUAUCUUAAUUUGUACAAAAAUAUAACAUAAAGCCCUGUGAAUAAGAAUUUUCAUACCGCCGUCAGCGAAUGCCUUCAUAUAUUAUACAUGCAUUAUGCAUUCAGUUCAAAUAUACACCCCGGAAAACGAGGCAUAUGUUUCUCAUUCAAUUUUCAUCCAAGAAUUUGAUUAAUGUGCCAUCACAUUUGUUAUCAUAGUAUGUAAUCUCGUUUCAUAUCAUUCGGUUUGACUGUCUGCUUAUUCCAUAAUUCAUAAAAAUAUAACAUUUUCACUACUGUGCUUAAACAUUUACCAUACAUAGCAUACGUCGUUGUAUAUAUAGGCAUUCUUUUUGGCUAUGCCGAAACGUGGGAUGAAAAUAGCUUUUUUGUAUAGUCCAAGAGUCGUCAAUAUGGAGUCUGUAAAUCUACAGUAUCUUUCCGUAAAAAUAUAAGCCUUAAUGAAGCUUUUCAUGCUUUUUUGGGGCAGCAAUCUUUUUUGUUUACUUCCAGAGAUAGUUUCCAGUCCUUCGCUGCUGGAAAGCGGAAAGAUUUGCGUAAUCGCGUGACGUUUCGUGUUGAAACAGCAAUUUGCGUGCAUAUAUUUCGCACAAUUGGCUACCUAUAAGUCAUUUAUCUGAUGCGUUGAAUUGCUUGAUUUCCAUAUUGAGCAGUACGCUCUUAGCUCAUGAGAUGGCACGUAGUGACGAUAGUUCAUAAUAUUUUUGUGUAGUAUGAAUCCUGAGAUUGACAUUGGGCAAGUUGAAGGCGCCUUCGUCAUGGGUCUUGGUUACUGGUUGACCGAACAAGCAAUUUAUGAUCCUUCGUCUGGCCUGGAACUUACCAGUGGUACAUGGGUAGGUGCUACUUUAACUACAAGUGAUAGGGUGGCUUCGAUAUGUAGCAACUCUGCACACCUUCGCAUGCAACGGAUAAUGCCUUUCUGGAUUUAUAUGAUAACGAGCUAUCGCUACAAUUGGUCUCGCUAGACUACAAUUGUUUUCUACUUCGAAAUUAUUCACCAAUAUUGGAUUUUUUUGUGAUGUGUUUUAUUUAUGGUUACCAUUUUGUAAACAAGUGUGACGAUUCUCUCUUAAUCUCACAACAUUCCCCGCGUGCAUUACAUACCAAUGCACUCUUCAGCUUGUUUUUCAAUUUUCCCGUUUUAUCCCUCGUUUCCACUCAUUACUAACACAAUGUUAGCCGAUAAAUAAUAAAGUUUCAAAUGAUUAAAAAAGCAGCAAAAAUAGACCUAAAUGAAAUGGAACUGUUUGCAGCUGUUUCUGUGUGAGUUUGACUCAAGAUGCAACAACAAAAACUACGCGAAAAUCUGGUUUUUCCGCUUCUUGACAAAAUUAUAGUUGAUAAAUUGAUUGUGAUAAUGCACGCCGGAAUGUUGUGAGACUGCGAUAGAAUCGUCACACUGCAAUACAAGUCGGUGAAAAUUCGUGCAUUACUUGUCGAUCCCCAGCUGCACUAUCCAAAUCUGGGUAGUCGAUUCUGAUUUGUCAUAAUUACACUCACUAGAUUGAUUGUGAUUGGAUGAGUUCAAAGAUAACAAAAAUCUGACUUUGAAUGCCGUUCUUUUAAAUUAACUGCUUGUUGAAUUUCAUUUGAUGCAAUUGGAUAGCUUAUUAAUCUACAAUACAUUAGAAAAAGUUUUGCAGUGUAGUUUGAAGCAUAGAGAGAAGUAACAUUUACAAUCAGCAUCAAGUGUCAAGAAAAUACUAUUUCGAUUUUGAAAAUCAAAGUACAAAGUUCGUUGAUAUUUAUAAGCCAGCCAAUCAAAACCACUAAGUUCAGUCAAGACCAAUCGUAAUCAACUACCCAGAUCAGGAUAGCGCAGCUGGGGGUUGCCACGAAUUUUCACUGACUGUCAGUUACAGCAUAAUACAGUCCCUUUUCUAUCUCUUACAUAAUACUCUAUAUUUUUGACAAAAUUGUAAAAUGGCACACUUUUGUAAAAUCUUCAGCGUACCUGCUGUGAAUCAUAUGAAUUCAUUUUACUAACCUCGUUUCUCUGAUUCAGGAUUACCACCCCCCGUUUUCUAAAGAUAUCCCUAUUGAUUUCCGGGUGAACCUUCUUAAAGAUGCUCCAAACCCUCUCGGCAUUCUUGGCUCAAAAG